AUGCAGAUCGUCCUUCCGCGCUCGCUCCGCCUCAUGAUGGUGCUCGCCGUCGCCACGUCCCUCGAGAUUCGCUCGAUCAGCCAGCGCCGCAUGCAAGAGCGCGAGCGCCUCCGCAACGCGCAGGAAGGCGCGUUCUGGGCUCGUCGCGGUCUGUAG